UGCUGUUGCUAACCCGAAUAAAGCUCCUCUGCAUCAGGUUACUGGGAUGGCUGGAAAACCAGUCCUUUUCCCUUUAAACAUAACCUCUGGGGAAACUGUGCUGAUGAUCAAAUGGGACUUAUACCCCCGAAAUGGCACCCCCUUUGAGCUUGCUGUGCUCAGGAACGGACAACUGAGGACUUCCAACCUGAAAGACAUGGACAGACUAGACGUGCUUAAUGAGACCACGCUGCGGAUCAAGGCCUUGCAGGAAAACGAGACUGGGGUUUUGAAAUCUCGAGUGACAUACACCACCUCCGAGAUGGAAAUAUUCGAAUUCAAUCUCACUGUCUCUGUUCCUGCGCCAGAGAGCAACCCACCUGAUGUGCCCAGCGUUUCCCAAAGUGAAGGCCUUGUAAGCAGUCGGGAACAGAAGACUCCUACGAUUCAGCUGAAGAGGAUCUUGGGAGAAUCUGCCUUGCUUCCUGUACAUAUAACCUCGGCCAAUACCGUGUCCAUCGUUAAAUGGAUAUUCCACCCUCGACAAGGCGAGGCAAACGACCUUGGGCGAUUCAGCGAUGGGAAAUGGAAGCGGUGGAAUACGAGCGACAGUUUGGGGCAGCGCCUGGAAAUGGUUGAUGGCACCACGCUGAAGAUAAGCAAUUUGGUGGUGAAGGACAGUGGGAACUACACGGCUCAUGUGACGUUUUCCACAGGAGUGAUAGAAUCACACACAUUCAACCUCACUGUCUAUGAGCCAGUGCAGGAGCCGCAGGUCACCCAUAAACUGAUCUCCAACACGCCUGAUGGCUGCAAUGUAACCCUGCGGUGCCAGGCAUCAGGAAAGGGAGACCUCCGUGUCUCCUGGAAAAGAGGGAAUCCCCUCAGAGCCCUAGGCGAAUGCCUGGGCUGGCACCAACUCUCUGACAAUGGGAAAGAUCUCCAUCUGUUCUGGCAUCGCAACGCCUCGGAUACCAACAUCACCUGCCUGGUGAGCAAUCCGGCUGAUCAGAAGAACAUUUCCAUCAACCUCCUCAGCCUCUGCCCAGCUGAAGGCAACCGGGCAUUCUGGUUGAUUCUCUGGCUUUUUCAGAAUCCCCGCAUCUCACUUCCAGUCAUAUCAAUCAUCUUGUUAGUGUUCUUGGGGGUCAUCCUGUAUAGGAAAAUCAAGAAAUGUCAGACCGCAAAGAGUGACUAGAACACAGAACACCUCUCUCUCUCUCUCUCUCUCUGACAAUGACUGAGCUGCAUCAACCCCCAGUUCCCCCCCAAAGAGGAGACGGAAAGCCCUCGAGUGAGUUUGGAUCUCCCUGACGCUGUCUCUGAGAGCAACUCUAGUUGCAUUUCUUAAGAUGAAAAAUUGGAAAUAAGAAUUAUUGCACAUGCUUUGAGUGAAGAAAAGGGUAUGUUAGCUGCAAAUUAAGCCUGCCACUAAGAAGUUAAGAGUGAUGGAAUGGACUGGACAGAAGAUAACAUUAAAGAAUAACAUCUAUCCCGGUAUGUUGAAACGGAACGGAAAGGAGGGGGGGAACUUUUCCUUUUUUUUACUACGAUAUUAUCAUACAACUUAUAGCAAGUGAGAGUGGAAAAUAAAAAUAUCAACUAAAGCCUUUGUUUUGUGCAAGAUUUGGAAAGAAAAUAAAAGGCUCUCUUGUGACUCAAUUUUUAAUCGGGAUCCGCCAUUACGAGACAGACUAUGUUGCGAGAUUAAUAGUCAGAGGGGGAGGCGAGCCGUUGUUCUGUUAUCAUGUUUGUAUUCUAAGUUCGAUGGCAAAUCUUCUCUGGAAAGACUGAUUUAUGGUGCAACUUGUCUGGGAAAAUUAAUGAGCAGAUGCUUAGAUUUUAUUUCAUCGGAACUGAGAAAGAUGGCGCCUGCCGCCCGAGCAGGACUUCUGGAUCAGCAUGUGAAGAUUUAUUGCAAACAAAAGACUUACCAGCUUUAAAAAAGGGAGAGUCUUCCAAAGUUCACACAGAAGCAUAAUAAUGUUUACUUUAACUCGCCUGUGGAAACACUCAGAGGCUAUUAAGAAGAAAAAGGAUAUCAACAAGAAGAUUGAAAGAUGGGAUUGGUGAACACUAAAAGCAGCAGAAAUAUGAGAUGACUGGACCCUUACUGAACUCGAAGCAUGGGAACCCCCAACAAAAAAUUGUAAUUUGGCAAAAUAUUUGGACUUUAUUAUAUGUAUUGGUAUAAUUUGGAAUAAUUAAUGUGAUAUGAUUGGAUUGUUAAAUGGAAAACUUAAUAAAA